AUGGCCCUUGGAGCUCUUGCGUUGAUGAGAGGGACAGAGAGGGUCGAAGAGGAAGAUACAUUCCGAAGAAGGCUUGAGGUCAAAAGAUUGGAGAGGCCACAACAUAUGCAGGAAUGCCACAGGAAAGCUAAGAAAACUACUACUAUCACUGUGGCGUGUCUGAGAGUGGUGGAGAUGUGCUGGUAGUCAAGGUGGCGCUGCCACCUGAGAAAGGGGUGAAAGCUGGCAUGGAACUUCACUGCAACCCUCAGCUGUCCAAUCCCCUGUUGCAAACACAAUCACAUGUGGACCUCCAGCAGAUACAGGCACAGCCCUCGGGCAGAACAGCACUGCAGGAUAACCCACAGCCGGGUUCAGUUCCUGCAGCCUGGCCCAGCCUCCCAGCAGGGGCUACUCCUCACAGACCUGAUCUCCAUAGAAGCAGAGCAAGCGGACAGCCAGCAGAAGGAGGUGCAGGUGUUCUGGAUGCAGGAGGGCCAACUGCUCUUAGUGCCUGUACCCCCCGAAGACUGGCUAAAGAGCACAGUUGGGAUGGAGGGAGUGGCAGAAGAGGUGGGAGCACAAACCAUAUUGGUGUCAGAGGUGGGAUUUCCCAGAGACUUGGUGGAGGAGAAGGGGCUGUGCUUAGAGGGUAGGGGUAGAGGGCUGAGGCUUAUAUUACCCACUGAUGGACAGGGAGGCCAUGACUCUGACAUCAGGACUACUGUGGUGACCGGUGAUGUGAGGGAGAGCUUAAAAUAA